AGGGAUGAAGGCUCCAUGCGCACCCACUUUUGGCACUGUGGCACACGCGUAAAGAAGAAAAACGCACAAACUUUGGAUUUCUAACUUUUUGAAUUCUCCCAUUUUUCACCUGAACACUGGAAUCUAAACAGAUCAAAAUGAUGACCAAACCCUUCGGAAAGAGCGCGGAUGUGAGCGAGUUCGUGACCUCCCUGGCCUGGCUGGAUGAGGACGGCAGCUCCCAGGAUGGCGAGGAAAGCACCGACAUGAGCCUGAUGGCGGGUGGACGCCACCACUCCUGCACAGAGCUGGGCAGCGAGGACAUGGAGGAGGAGGAGGAGGAGGAGGAGGAGGAGGAGGAGGCGGAAGACGAGGAGGAGACUCCUGAUGGAGAAAACACUCCCAAAAGGAGAGGCCCUAAGAAGAAGAAGAUGACCAAAGCUCGGCAGGAGAGGUUUCGUGCCCGCCGCAUGAAGGCCAACGCCAGGGAGCGUUCUCGUAUGCACGGACUGAACGACGCCCUGGACAGUUUGCGCAGAGUGAUGCCCUGUUAUUCCAAAACACAGAAGCUAUCAAAGAUCGAAACAUUACGGCUGGCCCACAACUACAUCUGGGCGCUCUCUGAGGUGCUGGAGAGCGGACAGUCUCCAGAUAGCCACGGCUUCAUGGAGAUGCUGUGCAAAGGCCUCUCCCAGCCCACUAGCAACCUCGUCGCCGGCUGCCUGCAGCUGGGACCAACGCCGCUGCUCAUCAACAAGCUGGAAGACAAGUGCGGAGGCCCGGGGUCGGUUAACGCGGGGAGUCAGGCCGGCCAUCCCCUCAGCUACCCGUCCCCGGGGCUUCCCAGCCCCCCUUAUGGCUCCCUGGAGGCGUCGCACCUCCUCCACAUGAAGGGAUUCAAGGGGCAGACGUUUGACAACCCCUCCCCUAACGAGUGCAGCAGCGGCACCCCGCCGUACGACGGGCCCCUCACACCCCCGCUCAGCAUCAGUGGCAACUUUGCCCUGAAGCAGGAGCCCUCGCCAAAUGAGACGGAGAGGAACUACACAGCUCACCACGUCCAUUACCUCUCGUCCCACCACUACCCCACUUCCACGGGCGGUGGCCUACCUGGGGGGCACCAGAGCCACACUCUCUUUCAGGCCUCUCGUUACGAGCUGCCCCUGGAUGUGGCCUUUGACUCCUUCACUUCCUCUCAUCUGCUGACCUCUCAGAUGAGCAGCAUGUGAAAAUGUUCCUUUUGCAUUCACUGACUGUACAGAGACUGCUGUGAUCUGCUGUCAUCUGAGCACGCAUUUAUCUACCUGAUACCUGUCACCUUUCAAACUCUUAUUUAUUUGCUUUUCUUAUGAUUUGAAGUUGAUACCUGGUCGAUUCACAAAGAUUUUCCAACACAAAAAACAAGAGAAGAUGAUCCACUCGCCAGCCUGCAACUUCAAUUGUGCACCGAGGCCUACACAGCCAUAGAAAAAAAACCUUUAUUUAUAUCUGUAUUUAAUAUUUAUUUUGGUCACUUGUUGUUUUCUUCUCGUUUCACUGUCUUUUUGGUUCACCAGCCAGCCACUGUAUUUAAUUUAUUUAUUGAAGGUCUUUCAGGUACUUGUUUAUUUUACUGUCACUGUUUUUUGGUGUCGUUGUAAAUAUUUUGCUGUUUCGCACUUAUUUGAAUAAAUAUUCUUAUAUUAUA